AUGCCAAAGACGGCGUACGAAAGAAGUGAAAAAACAAUAAACGAACAGUUAUCUAUCGAUUCGUCAACAACUGAGUCUAUGUGUGGUGACAACUUAGACACUAAAAAGUUAAAGGACUUUUACCACAGUAUACCCGACUACAACGACAUUAACCACUUACCUGAAAGUGAAUUUUACUCUACUUUAAGGUCUCUACGACAGAAGAAAAAGCAGAUGUUAGGUUUAGCAAGUGAACAUAAUAUCGACCAUGAUAAAAAUUACCAGCAAUACGACAACCAUGUUACAGAAGUAAAACCAAACAGAAAGGGCGUUAGAAAGGAACAUAAAACUAUUCAAUUAAGAAAAAAUAGCAGAGUUAAGUGUGGCGAUAGCAUCGUAGUUAACAAUGAUAAUGAUUGCGUUAGGGACCAAGAAAAUAAACUUUCAGAUACAAACAUAUAUACAUCGAGUAUAAAAAAAGAAAGCGAAAAAUCUCCGACAAAACAUAGCUCUUUGUCUGUGAAAGGACUAACAAAAAUGGAUAGGCCAAAAAGAAACCAAUCAGCGUGUUCUAUUUCAUGGCAUGACGACAAAAUUGAAAAUAAAAAUGAAGUCGAUGAAAAAUUUAAUAAAUUCUUUGAUGGUGAAUGCAAUACGAAUACUUUUAUUGAUAACAAUGAUGAUUUUAAAACUCGAAGUAUGCCUACUAGUCCCUUAAGAACAAAGAGAAAUGGACGUAGACGUAAAAAUAAAAGUAUAACAAUACCUAAGCCAUUUAAAAUGACCGAACGUGAUGAAGAAGAACGAAUAGUGAAUGAACUUCGAGGUCUACAGAAGUCUUUCUCCGAAGACAUGCUAAACAGGAAACUGGAAAAGAAUCAAUUCAAGGCCAGGCCGGUGCCCAUCGAGUCUCGUAUACCCUUAUAUGACAAGAUCCUUGAAGAUCAAGCGAUGAGACGUGCGAUUACAAAAAUCAAUAGUGAAGCGGAACUAAGAGCCCAAAUGAAGCCCUUCAGUUUUACGAAGCGAGAAGAAAACGGCAACAGUGUUUGCGAAAGAGCGGUGCAAGUUCUUCCCAAAUGUAAGAAGAAGAAACGGUUUAAAGCCCGGCCCGUGCCGAAGAAUCUUUUCUCCAAUUAUUUCUAUGAUAAAAUCAAAGAAGAUAAUUAUUUUCGAUCGAUGAAUCGUCGAAUAAGAGCAGAAGAAAUGUUGCGAGCAGCUAGUUUCCCAGGAUCAAUGAUGCGCGACCGCAGCCGAUUAUCUACACCAGCUGCUCACAGUGACCUGCCUAUAGAUCCUUCACCGGCUGGUCCCUCUGUAUCAUCGGAUCAUUUUAGAUCAACGAGUCCUACUAAAGCUCACAGAACGUCAGCUAAGAAUCGUAAAGACAGCUUUGUCACAACAAGCCCGCAACCGUUUCAUUUUAAUACAGCUAGUAGGGCAGACAAAAAGAUGAAAAACCUAGAAAGAAAAAUGUAUCAAGACAGUAAAUCAGAAAGCAAUGGAAGUAAUCCAGGUGUGUCUGAACCUGCGAAGGCGUAUUCAGCGCUAGAUUUGGACAGCAUAGCAGUUGGGAGAUCUAACCUAGCUGCACUAUUGAGAGCUGAAGCUGUUAGAAGGAAAUUUGAACUAGAGGCGGCGAAACGAAUAGCAGAGCAAAGAAGAGUAACCGAGUCGAAGUAUAGAGAUAGAUUUUUAAGAGCGAAACCGGCUUGGCAUUUGGUGAAAAACAAUCAUGAAGAGGAUAUAGCAAUUAGACUUCAAACUCGUAGAGACGAAGAACGUUUAAGAAAAGAGGAAUUCCUUCAUGAAAUGGAAUUGAUGUAUGGAAGGGUACAGCAGCAGCCGAUGCUUUUCGAGCGGUAUUAUGCACCAAGACCACCGAACACACCUAUAGACUUUACAGAAAUCUCACCAAGAAAGAGCCCCAAAAAGAAAAAUUCAAGGAAGAAGUACCACAUGCCCAGUCCCUGCCUAUCGCCCGACAUGCAGGACAAUGUUAUGAAAUAUCUAGACAGAAUUGACAAAAAUGAAAAAUCGUAUGAGGAUUCUGACAUAAUAGAUAGCUUAGAUAGAAAUUGA